AUGCUGGAUGCCAGUGUAUCCCCCGGUCUGGCCGAUUUCUCACUCGUCUCUAGGUUCUUCCUGGUAGAGCUGAUUGUUUGCGGCAUCCUCUCCCUGUUCUUCUUUUUCUACUUCAACCGCCUCUUCGCGACCCUUGUUUCCUACGGCGUUCGAGCGUACACGUGGCACUACUAUCGUGCGUAUGUCGACAUCCAAGCUCUCCAGAUCUCCUUACUGGGUGGGAGGAUCUUCUUCAAAGGCAUCCGGUACCAUGGUGUGAACGAAACCAUUCUGGUUCAUGGCGGCUACGUGACAUGGAACUACUGGAAGCGUGCUGUCAAACGAGUCGACCUUGCGAGGGCAAGUGGAUCCAAAUGUCGACCGGGUUCCUCGCAGAGAAACAGCGACGCGGUCUCGGGAAGUGAUCACGAUAGUGAGCAUGCUGCUAACCGUGGAGAAACGGGUGGUGUGGCAGAAGCGGACCGUCUUCCUUGUCGUAUAGUGAUCACCGUCUACGGCCUGGAGUGGUUCAUCUAUAAUCGGACCCCUGCGUAUGAUGAUAUACUCUCCGGGUUUGCCAGUGCCGGGGACCAGGAUUCCGUUACGCAUGGCUCAAGAUCUCCUUCACCCGGAGCAAAAUCGACAGGAUAUGCCAGCUCCCGGCAGGGCUCAGGGAAAGGCCUCUCCGCCCGGCCCACCCGAACGUCGAGCGAUCCUUCUAUCAGGGAAAGCUCCUCAGCCAGGAAUAGUCAUGCUGAAUCUACCGUGUCGUCGGAUCAGCAUGUAGAUGCGGUCGACUCGGACACAGAGGAUUCCAUUUCGAAAUUGUUGCAGUUGCUGCCGGUCAAAGUGGAGUGCACCAAGGGAGCAAUUGUCGCCGGGAACGAGAAUACACGAUCGGUUCUCACAGUGACAUUUGAAAAAGCAACCGGGUUGAUUGAUGCGAGCGAUGCAGGCCCUCUAGAUCUCUAUCGACAAAUCUUCACGUUCGAGUUCACUCACCCCAUCAUUCAGCUGCGGCCGAACCCCGACUUUAAGUACCUUCAGCUUGAAGCGGCAGCUGCCCAUACACUGAGUUCGAUGCCUGUCGAUGAAAAGCGAAAGGGACAUAAGAGAGCCACUCUUUUCAAUUACCAGCGCAAGAAACGUGAGAUAUGGCAUAGCAUUCGGGAUCUGAUUCCAUAUUUCCAGAAGUCGGUGGAAUCGUUCCACGUCGACUCGCAUCAUGAGAGGGGUCCAAACACGAUAUCCGCUAGUCGCACCGGUCUUUCUCCCGAGACCAGAUGGCUCGGUCUCACUCGGUACCUGGAUGAAAACACAGAUGAGCACGAGGGUUGGAAUUCUGUAGAGUACGCAAGAUUCUCAACGCUCGUCGACUGUCCCGCGUUAACGUUGACCUACUAUUGGGACAUUCCUGGAAGGGUUCCUUCCGAGCAAGCCGAGCUAUCUUCUUCCAUCCGGAAAGUAUCGCAAGAUAUCAAUGGAAGUAAUCCUCCCGAAUGGGGACUCGAUUUGAAGAUCGACGGCGGUACGAUAAAUUACGGCCCUUGGGCCGAUAGGGAACGGGUUGGUCUACAGAACGUUUUCUUCCCCAAUCCUUAUCGGAGUGCCCAGCCCGCCGAGCCGCUGACACCAGGGGCCUGGAGACGAAGCACGGUAUUCAGGGUUCGCGUAGAGAUCAAUCAAGACACAACAUUGAGGAUCCCAACUAGAGAGGAAUCUAAAGACUGGCAGUGGAAAGGUCGAGCUGACGCCAUCCGCGGGGUGUCAAAGUUGAAAAAGCAAAAACAGAAAAGACAGUGGCGAAACAAGGAGGGUGAGAAAGGGACAGUCGGACCUGAAAUCCGUCCGUUUGGAUGGCUCUCCCUGCGAGUAUCUCGAGAUUCAACUAUAACCUACAAUAUGGACAUGGUUCCUUCCAAGACGGGUUAUCACAACUAUCUUACCCUCGAUCUUCGCGAGUCCAGGAUGUCGUCAAGCGUCAAUCAUGGGCUGUUAUGGCAAUGUCCGCGUCAGAUAAUCUCCUGUGAUCUUUCCAACUCGCUUACUUGGAAUAGUCUCCAUCAAUGGGAGUUCAAGGUAGAGAGCCGCGACAUGGAAUUGUUCUUGUUAAGAGACCAUAUAUUUCUUAUAACAGACCUUGUCAGCGACUGGACCUCUGGCUCCGCUCCGGAUUACUAUACCUUUGUUCCGUUCAUUUACAACAUCAAACUUCUUUUUACCAACUUCCAGCUCUUUAUGAAUGUCAAUGACUCGAACAUCAUCAACAAUCCCUCGGACCUGGACGAUAACACGUUUGUGGUAGUCAAAGGGAAACAGUUGACGUCCCAUGUUGGGAUACCUGCCACAAAGUAUAAGCCUGAGGAAAAUACCGUCACUUUCGAGCUAAAGCUGGAAGACGGAGGUCUUGAUCUCUUGACCCCAUUGUGGCACACGCUCCAUACUUUCCUGAGGGACAAAUCGGUUGCCACCCUGAAUGAUCUGAUCAUCAAUGGCAGCUACACGUACAAUAGUGCCACCUCAUCAGCAUUAACGGACACUCUUGUGAUGGAUAUUUCUGGCGGAUCUCCGAGGUUAUAUCUGUACGGGUUCCUAAUUCGGUACUUCAUGAGAGUUAGGGAGAAUUAUUUCGGCGAAGAGAUCCAUUUCCGAACUUUGGAAGAGUUUCAGGAGGCUGCUAACGCCCAGGAACCGUCGGGCGCACAUGGCUUGAACCCAAAUAGAAAGAGCAAUGAUCUUGAUGUUAUUCUUCGUGUCAACGUCGAUAGCCCCUGUGUGCUCCUUCCGACCAAUAUCUACGAUCAUUCGAAAAGCCUCCGACUGACUGCCGCAUCCAUCGAGUUGGACAUGCGAUUCACGAAUUACUACAUGGACCUGCAAGCUGCUCUCAGUCCUGUUGAGGUGUCCUUAGAAUCGCUGGAUUCCAACGGUGCAGUCAGUGUCUCAAACACUCAAUUGUUUAUCGAUGGAGUUUCGAUCUACGGGCAUCGCUUGUUUGGACUGCCGCCGACGGAGCCAACAUACGUGUGCAACUGGGAUUUUGAGGUAGGGAAAGUCGUGGGUGAAUGCUCUCCGGACUUUUUAAGAUCCCUGCUGGCGGCGCUGCGGGAUAUUGACUUCACUUUCGAUGACCACGAAAACGCUCUACCACCAUUGCAUCCGGUUGCUCUCCACGAUGUUACAUUCCUGCGUGCAAGAGUUGCAUCGGUUCACAUGUCUGUCCUGGUGGAUCGAACUGCGUUGAUUCUUGGAUGUGACGCCAUUACAGUGCAGUUCAAUGACUGGGCCCGGUGGCGAUUCUCGAAACGACUAUCCCUUACAGUUCCCAAUAUCACUGUUGCUGCAGUUGACCAGGACUCAUCGGACACCGUGGCUACUGCUCGAUCCAGAGCAAGCUGA